GCAAUCUUCAAUUGCUCCAAAAUUCUUAGAACCUCCGCAAAACCCCUUCUUCUCCUCCUCCCUCCUUUUCCGUUUGAAGCCCAUGGCGGUACAGCAGAGUCGUUCCAUGGCGUUUCUGAUGCUUUUAGCCGCUCUGAUCAUCGUUCUUCCUCUUGUCCACUCCGAUCCGAUUCACGAUCUCCUCAGAAACAAUGGGUUGCCGGCCGGUCUCCUCCCAAAAGCUGUAAAAUCGUACAAUCUACACGAGAACGGCCUUCUUGAAGUGUUCCUCGAUCGUCCCUGUUUAGCCAAAUUCGAAGACAGAGUCUACUUCGACAGUGUUGUGAAGGGUAAUCUUAGCUAUGGAGCGCUUGCUGGGCUUGAAGGUCUCUCACAGAAAGAACUCUUUUUAUGGUUACCCAUUAAAGGGAUCAUAGUUGACGAUCCAUCAUCGGGGGUAAUCCUCUUCGACAUCGGAGUUGCUCAUAAACAGCUUUCCCUUUCUCUCUUCGACGAUCCGCCUGAUUGUGAACCGAAAAGCUAUGGGACAUUGAGUCUCAGAUCAGGCGUUUUGGAUAGCAGGAUGGAGAAGGGAUUUGAAGCCCAAAGAUGAAACUAAUUAGAGCCCUUUUUCUCUGAGCCACUCCUCCUCACCUUCCGCUUCUCUUUUCUUUCUUGCAGUUAGAUGUUUAUUAGGGCUGUAAAAAUUGAAAAUUUGGGAAUUAGGUUUUGGAGUUGUGUUUGUUA